AUGAUUAUUUAUAGUCAUGGCUAUUUUACAGGAUGUCCUAUGGAUGGCUGCGAAAGCACACUAAGUCAUUUUGUUGACAUAGCUGUUGAUGGAUUUGAUAAAAAUACAAAAUGGCAACGUAGUGACUUGUUAACAAAUUCGUCACGUGGUUGUGUAUCGAACGGAUUAUCUUCGCUUAUAUGUUCUGUCGAUGUAGGAUACGUAUCAAUAAAUAUUACCAAUGGCGAAUUACUUUGGUCUAUCACGCUUGAGAUAAAAGAGAGAACAGAAACAGCGUCAUUACCCGUAGUGAACUAUGAAGGCUUCAUGAUCAUUGCUAAUAACACACGAUGUACAUUAGUCGAUCCUCAAGGUGUUAUCAGGGGUGUAUUCGAUUACACACCAAUGUUGAUUCCUCCAUUAGCAGGUCCAUUUGUGACAGAUGAUGGCCAGAUUGUUGUUGCCGAUUUGAUUUCUUUUGUAGGUAUAGAAGAUUCUGGUAUUCCUCUGGGCGUCCAAUCUUUGCCUCAAGAUUUCGUUCGUCUAUCUCGAUCUAUGAGUCUCAACAGAAAUGACGCUAGAUGGUAUUUAAUUGCUCAGCAUAAUACAACAGCUUCUCUAGCGAUUAUUGCUGCCGAGACAAGUGGUAGCAUAGUUGGGCGACUACGUAUUGUGUGGGUAUACGAAUAUGGUGUGUUACCAAAUCUAUGUAAUGGAAUGGAGGGACCGUUGCUAUCUAUGGAUCGAAAGUGGCUGUUUGUUGUUAAUACUACAGGUAUUCUAAUCAUCAACGAUAAUGAAGACUCAGCAACUGUUGAAUACCUUGUUAGUUUCUCAGAUCUCUGUCCAAAUGAUAUGGCUUAUUGCGAGACUGAUUCGACACUUCUCGUUGUCGAUAAAAACACAUAUAAUAUAAUUGCAUUGAAUGUCUCCACGAAAAAUGUAUCCUACACGUCUUUGACACACAUAUGUCAAGAAGAGAUUAUUGGACAGCUUACCCAUAUGACUAUUAUUAAAAAUAAUCGUCUAAUCAUAGUUGUGAUAACAGGAACUCGUCAAGCACUUCUACUGCUUAUUGAUUACAACAAUCAGAAGCUUUUAGCGCGUUUCAAUCUUGGUUACAUAAUAGAUAUUAGUAAACUUGAACCUCUAACUCAACUUGCUUAUACCGAAACCGAUGAUCAGCAACUUUUUGUGACUAUCGCUCAUAAAACUAUUGGCCUGGCGACAGUUCGACUCGUGACAUUGAAUAAAUAA